AUGGUGGAGGAGCGCUUCCAAUUACACGGUUUUAUCUUUGAUGCAAAUUGUAGUUGCAGCAAAGAAGGAGAUACAUUGGCCAUUGAUGACAACUUAAUAAAGUGGGAAUCACAAUCUGCCAUCCGUCCUGUAUAUAAAUACAUCGAAAUUGCUGACAACCGGCAUGAGCCACGGCAGAUUGCGACCUCUGCAUGCGACUCAGGAAGAAGAAUGGUUCUGCUCAAACCAUCAAAUGUCGUUUUUGUUUUACGUUUAAAAUGGGUGAUUAGGGAGCCUUCAGUGUUGGGAUUGAACAAAUUCCGAAGGCUUCAUGUUCAUGCUUCUGAUUCCAAUUUAAAUGGUGGGUUGGAAGUUAAUCCAAACAAAAGUUCUAGUGUGCCCAUUACUACGUUUGAUGGGGCGGAACCGUUUCAUGGUAAAUCAGGUUCUGUCUCUUUUUGUGGGUUGACACACCAGUCGGUAGAAGAAGGGAAAUUGGAAUCUGCCCCCUUCGAAGAAAAGGGUGGCUCUUUCUUAUGGGUCUUAGCUCCUACAGCGGUCAUAGCAUCUCUGAUUCUGCCACAGUUCUUUGUUGACAACGUGGUGGAGGCUUUUCUCAAUGAUACGAUUAUGAUAGAUGCUGUGAGUUCGUUCUCUCAUGAUGCCCUGUUUUACGUUGGAGUAGCGACAUUCUUGUAUGUGACUGAUCGUGUGCAGAGGCCCUAUUUGCAGUACAGCUCAAAAAGAUGGGGUCUUAUCACUGGCCUCAGAGGAUACUUAUUCUCUGCUUUUUUCACCAUGGGUUUGAAGAUUAUUGCCCCUCUCAUUCUUUUGUUUGUGACCUGGUCAGCAGUUGGCAUGCCAGGCAUUGUUGCAGUAACUCCUUUUUUAUUUGGCUGUGUUGUACAACUUGCAUUUGAGAAAGUUUUGGACAACCGUGGAUCAGCUUGCUGGCCUAUAGUCCCUGUUAUAUUUGAGGUAUACAGACUGUAUCAGCUUACAAAAGCUGCUAAUUUUGCUGAGAAGUUGUUAUUAUCUAUGAAGGGGCUUCCUGCGAGCAAAGAAUUGGUAGAACGAAGUGGAGGUUUGUUCGCAAUGUUGAUCACAUUCCAAAUGCUGGGGCUUGUGUGCCUUUGGUCAUUGAUGACGUUUCUUUUGAGGCUAUUCCCUUCUAGACCUGUAGCAGAUCAUUACUGA